AACUAGGUAUGCUUGUCGUCCAUCCUUCGAGUUGUUGUGAUAUCUGCCUUGAUCCCUAUUCUACCUCAGAUCUUGCUUCUUCUCCACAUGCAAUCGAUUGUGGUCAUAUCUUUUGUUUCAGGUGCAUUCACUCCUUUAACCCAAACACAUGUCCCUUCUGCCGCGAAAAUUUCGACCUAGAUCGUGCCAAGAAACUCCACGUCGGAAAUCCACCUGAACGAGAAGAUGCUCAACGAGACAAUACCGAACAGGGCACAACUGUCUAUAAUCAUGCUAUUUUCCUUCUUCAUCGGAUGUCUCUAAUAUCAGGCGAAGACGUGCCCGAAGCUGAUGUCGCUGAAGUAGUCGCCGAAGUGCAGGAAUGGCUGCAGUCUCAACCGGAUGACCCUUUUUCUGUGAGUCCUUUUCACUCUGCAGGCGCAUCGCAAACGCGAUGUAUACCGAUGCUUGCUGUCAGUUCUUGUCAAAUUUCUCAUAUGCAGCGUUUUUAGCAUAUACCACUUCGAACUGCCUUA